AUGGAGAAGAUGAUGAAGAAGCCACAGUACUCAUCAUGUAAUCCAAGUUCAGCUUCUUCUAAACUGGGCAUGCACAAAGAUUCACAUAAAAUAUCGAAUACGGCGUCCAAGCCAAAGAUUCGCAUAAUCCACGUAUGUGCACCUGAAAUCAUAAAGACAGAUGUGGCCAACUUUCGGGAACUGGUGCAGAAUCUCACUGGAAAACCUGCAGCAGCACCGGAAGUAGUAAAUGGUAGUAGGAAGAAAACAAUAAGAUGUUCGACUUAUUCAUCACCAAGCGAGAAAAUAUUGGAAUUGCAAAAUGAUGGAGAUCGGAGUGUAAAGGAGGAAAUACAAAACUACACGCGGAGAUCAUCAUCAUCAUCAUCAGGUGAUCAUCAUCCAGAGAAGAUAAAUAGUUUCUUGGAUGGUUUCUCAGAUUUGGAUGGCUUUAUUGAAGAUUUAAGUACUGAAUUUCCUUCUCUUCAUUCAUCAAGCUCUUCCGCUCCAUCCCCUUGGAUGCAUUUGGAGAUGCAUGAUCAGUAG